GGGAACUGGAAGUAAAGAUUCUCUUCCCUCUACUCACUCGCAACCCUCCUUUUCUCUCACCAUCUCGUACUGUCUCUACGGUCUUCUUUCACUCCUAGGCUUUGUUUAGCACACAAAACGCUUGUGCUCAUCUUCUACAUCUUCUACAUUCUUAGUCGUGGGCGAGGGCAAACAACAGACACUUGUUGAUCUAUCAACACACUUCACUGAGGGCUACACUGUGGGUUUCGCAGCCAUACCAAUUCACAUACCAGGUAAUUCUGUCGGCUCUUUCUAUUCCUGGUUGCACAAUUGCGCUUGCAAAAGGCGCAAAAAGAUUGAAACACACAAACUUUGAUCAUGUGGGCUUGUGGGUUCUGAGGGCUGUUGACCGUCCGUGAUGAUGUCUCGGCGCCUUGUGGGAACACACUGCCUUGCAGACUCGUUACUGGUCAAUCAUGUGGGCUUGUCGGCUUGUACGCCUUCUUCGGGGCGUCAAGACUCGAGGGCUAACUGCUGCACCUUGAGCAUUGUUGGGGCGAGGGCAAUACUUUUUUGGGUUGUCUGAUGAAACCACUCUGUGGCUUAAGUCUCUUCAGAGACCAGAACUACGUCGGCAGGUUUUUCUAGAGUGUACCUGCUUGAGGGCUCGGGGGCAUGGCAAAUCUUGUUUGCCUCACAUUUCGUAAAACUCGCGUUCGUGGGCCAGAGAGCUGAUUAGUAGCAGAUACUAGCGAGACUUUGCAAUGGCCAAGAACAAGGUCGCAAAGGCAAACGGCGUUAAGCCAGCUGAGAACAUUAAGAAGUCCAAGGCAGAAGCCAGGAAGGUCAAGGAACCAACACCUGACUCUUCUAGCGACGACGAUUCUGAGGACGACUCUGACGUUGAGAUGCCUGAUAUUAAGAUGAAUGGUAUUAAGGCAAACGGAAAAGGCGACAAAAAGGCCGUGGAUUCUGAGUCUUCAGAUGACAGCGAAAGCGACAGUGACGCGUCUGACUCCGAUGAUUCCGAUGAUUCUGACGACUCCGAUGACUCUGCUAGCGACGCUUCUGCUAGUGAUUCCUCCGAAGAUAGUGACUCUUCUGAUGAUGCAAGCUCUGAUGAUGAGAAGACAAAAAAGAAAACGGUGAAGAUCAACGGCAUAACGAAUAAUGCUAUCAAGGCCAACGGCACCACGAAGAAGGUCGAGGAAGAUUCGGAGUCAGAUUCUGAUAGUGACAGCGAUGACGAGAGCGUCGAUGGAAAAACUGCACCUGCGGCUGCAGACAGCGACGACUCAGAUGACAGUGAUGACUCAGAAUCCGAUUCAGAAUCCGAUUCUGACUCUGACUCUGAAAAUGAGGUGUCUGCGAUUUCUGAUAAGCCGAAAAAAACAAAUGCUGACUCUGGGUCUGAAUCUGAUUCAGACGAAGACUCUGAUGACUCCGACGAUUCCGACGAGUCCGAAGAGGAAGAAGAGAAGGAGGCGCCACCAUCAAAGAAGCGCAAGGCGGAUGUUACCACUGAGCCUCCGGCGAAGAAGACUAAACAGGCCGAGACCGGCGUUGAUGAGCGUGCCAGUAAGAACUUAUUUAUCGGCAGCUUGUCCUGGAAUGUGGACGAGAACAUGCUUAGUCAGGAGUUCUCAGAAUUUGGCGAGAUCGUUCGCUGUACCAUCAUGAUGAGAGAUGACGGCAAGUCAAAAGGAUUCGGUUUUGUUGAGUUUGCCGAGCUCGACUCUGCCAUCGCGGCGUACAAUGCAAAGAACGGUGCCAUGCUCGAUGGCCGCCCAAUGAACGUCGACUACACCACGAGUCGGGACAACAACAAGAACGGCACGGAGCGCAAGCAAGCUGCCCAGCAACGUGCCAAUAGGUUUGGCGACACCAAGAGCACGCCAAGCAAUACACUGUUCAUUGGUAAUUUGUCUUUUGACGUUGACAACAAUAUGGUGCAGGAGGCUUUCCAGAAGUUUGGCACCAUCAGCCGUGUUUCUCUGCCAACUGACCGCGAGACCGGUGCCCCCAAAGGCUUUGGCUACAUCGAUUUUGCUACAGUUGAAGAAGCUACUGCAGCCUAUGAAGCAAUGAACGGCGAAUCUAUUGCAGGUCGCGCUAUACGCCUUGAUUACGCUUCUGCUCGCCCUGACAACGGCCAAGGUGGUCGCGGCGGAAAUCGUGGCGGCUUUGGUGGCCGGGGUGGCGGACGCGGCGGAAGAGGCGGCGGACGUGGUGGUUUCAACUCCCGCGGUGGUGGAUUUGUGUCCAAGAACAACGCUGGCAUCAGUGGAUUCUCGGGCAGCAAGAAGACUUUUGACUAGGCUCGUCCAGUGUCGAUCGUAUCGUCUCUUCUUUUUUUUUUUUUUU